GUUGCCUGGUUACGGUAAACUAAACGUUCUGGAUCCCGAGUGUGAAAUCCCGGUGCCAGCUCGCUCGAGACAAAAUGGAGAUUGUGUACGUAUACACGAGGAAACGGAGCGAAUUUGGGCGUCAGUGCAACUUCUCAGAUCGUCCAGCGGAGCUUCACGUGGACAUCUUGCCUGACCCUACCCAGGCCUUGAAUUUUAUAGAAAGGAAUCCAUGCGACACUGCCAUUCAAUGCGCCCACAACAUGUCCGAACAUGAGGUCAACACAGAAAGGUUUGAAAUGGAAGUGCGUGGUAUAAACCACGUGGAAGGUGGAUGGCCCAAAGAUAUUAAUCCUCAAGAGAUGGAACAGACCAUUCGCUACCGGAAAAAAGUAGAGAAGGAUGACCACUACAUAACCACAAUCACACAACUGGGCAGCGUGAUGGAGCACUGUAUCAAACAGAAUAAUGCUAUCAAUAUCUACGAGGAAUAUUUUGAAGAGGAAGAAGAAUUGGAAGGGAUAGAUGAAGCACCGUCAGCAAAGACGAUAAAUAUCUUCAGAGAUCCAAAUGAAAUUAAGCGUACCGCCACGCACCUCUCAUGGCAUCCAGAUGGUGGCAGGAAACUAGCUGUGGCCUAUUCGUCCCUCGAGUUCCAGCAAGCUUCUAAGGACAUGAGCUAUGACUCGUACAUCUGGGACAUCGAAAGUCCAAACAAGCCAGAAUUGAUCUUGAAGCCUGUCUCUCCUCUCGUCAGUCUGGAAUACAACCCUAAAGACUCACAUAUCCUGGUUGGGGGCUGCUAUAAUGGACAGAUCACAUAUUGGGACACGCGGAAAGGGGGACAUCCUGUGGAGCUGUCUGUCAUCGAGCACAGCCACCGAGACCCGGUCUACAAAGUCAUCUGGCUCCAAUCAAAAACUGGCACUGAGUGUUUCUCGGCUUCAACGGAUGGCCAGGUCUUGUGGUGGGAUAUCCGAAAAAUGAGUGAACCCACGGAGCGCCUAGUCCUGGACAUCACAAAGAAAGGCAACCUGGACAUUGCACUGGGAGCGAUUUCACUGGAGUUUGAACCCACCAUACCAACAAAGUUCAUGGUUGGCACAGAGCAGGGAAUGGUCAUUUCAUGCAAUCGAAAGGCCAAGACGCCAGCCGAAAAGAUUGUGUGCACGUACAGCGGUCAUCACGGUCCUAUAUACUCUGUGCAGAGAAAUCCCUUCUUCCCAAAAAACUUCCUAACUGUUGGAGAUUGGACAGCUCGAAUCUGGUCUGAAGACUCUAGAGAAUCCUCGAUUAUGUGGACGAAGUAUCACAUGAGUUAUUUGACAGAUGGAGCCUGGAGCCCAACGCGCCCGACCGUCUUCCUGACGACAAAAAUGGAUGGCACCCUGGAUGUAUGGGAUUACCUGUUUAAACAGAACAACCCUUCUCUUAGUCUAAAGGUGUGUGAUGAGCCUUUGUACAGCCUCCGAAUUCAAGAUAAUGGACGCUUUGUUGCCUGUGGUUCAAAGAAUGGUCUGACCACUCUUCUAGAACUCUCACCAGGGCUUUACACAAUGCAGCGGAACGAGAAAAAUAUUGCCACUGCAAUGUUUGAGCGUGAAACAAAGCGAGAGAAGAUCCUGGAGGCGCGGCACCGCGAGAUGCGCCUGAAGGAACGCAGUAAGGCUGAGCCAAGCAAGGAUGAGGAUACCAGAGAAGAGAAUCCAGAGGAAAAUACAGACGAGCUAAUUGCCAAGGCGGAGAAAGAGUUCUUUGAGAUUAUCGAGGCAGAACGCAAACGCCUGGAGAAAGAGGAUAAUAAAGAGAAGGAAGAGGGAGAGGUGGAGAAAGAAGUUUCAGAGGAGAAGAUCUAAUUUCAAAGGUACAAGAAACAGGCCGCAUAACAAGCUACGCAAUAAUUUAUUUUUUCUACAUUUGUAUAUUUGUAAAGUCAAAAUAGAAAGAAAUAUUUUAUU